AGCGCUCUCUCUCUCUCUGAAAAGUCUCCCCUCUCUCUCUCUCUCUCUACACUAGUAGUAAUUCAUUUCCGCUGGUGUGUAUAUAUAUAUAUACACAGUAUAGCAUCGGUAACGCCCUGCAGAAUAGCCGCCCCCCCCCCCCCCAAAAUCUUCACAUCUCAUACCAACAUACCCUCCCAUCUAUCAAUCUCCGGUUCUACUGUUGUCGAUCCCCAUUCCACUCUCUCCCCUUGAAGAAAUCUACUCUGGUUCAAAGGUAUUCCCGACUCUGAAUCCUGUUUUCCACUUUUUGUCGCUCAAAGAAGAUCUAGCGAGAGAAUCCAGAUACAGGUAGAGAGAUCCAUCCAAGAGAAGAAACAGAGUAUCUACCGGAGAGAAUUUCGUUAAUCCUCUAAUCUCGCGCCUGCGUCACGUCGACGCUGGCCAGCUGAUUCACCAAAUCCGGACAACUCGCUCGCGUGCACGGCAACGUUUCGUUAAUCCUCAAAUCUCGCUCUUACCGAACCAUCUGUCCACCAAUGGCGUCGCCUUCAAUCUCGAAUCCCGGAGCAACCUCCAACAGACUAUCAGAAACAAAGCGCAGCAGAAAACGACGCAAAAUCGCCAUAGAUAACCAAGCCGAACAACUUGACAACAAUGAGAUAAAACUCAGAUGGAAAUCCACGUCCGAGCAACAGAUCUACUCCGCUAAGCUCAUCGAAGCGCUCCGCCAGUCUCGCCGGACCUCCUCUCCCCCGGCGGCCGGCCGCCGUAUCCGAGAAACCGCCGACAGAGUCCUCGCCGUCGCCGCCAGGGGAAGAACUCGGUGGAGCAGGGCGAUUCUCACGAGUCGACUCAGGCUUCGACUCGGACAGCGUAAGAAAAAGAAGGCGAAGGUGACCGGCGGUUUCCGACCGAGGAAACCGGCGGUCGAGAAGAGGUUACCGGUCUUGCAGAAGAAAGUGAGGGUGCUCGGCCGGUUAGUUCCCGGUUGCCGGAAGUUAUCGUUUCCGAACCUUCUAGAAGAGGCGACGGAUUAUAUCGCGGCUCUGGAGAUGCAAGUCCGAACCAUGGCGGCGUUAGCCGGACUCGUCGACGCUAGAGCCGAAGCCGAUCAUUCUCAUCAGUUGAUCGACUUCGGCUCGAAUCUGUCGUAGUUAGUUGGUCUAUGCCAAGCUGUCAUUUCCAUUUUUUAUGUUUUUAAAUAUUUUUUUAAACUCUUAUUCCGAUUAAUUUUUAUUUAAUGUAUCUUUGUUGUAUA